GACAGGAGAAGAAGAGGGGAAGGAGAAAGGGAGGGGAAGGAGGAGGAAGGAGGGGAAAAGAGGAGGGAGGAGGAAAGGGGGGGGAGAAGGGGAAGAGGAGGAAAAGCGGAGGGAAGGAAGAGGGAGGAAGGGAGGGGAAAGAAGGAGGAGAGGAGCGGGGAGGAGAGGAAAGAAAGGGGGGGAGGGAAGAAGGGAGAAAGGGGAGGAGAGGGAGGGGGAAGGGGGGGGAGGAGGAGAAAAAAGG